AUGACAAUAAUUUGUUCGUAAUGAUAGAGGAGCCUGAUAGUUUUACUAUUCCUUCUGCGUUACCUAUUGAAACCUCGAUUGCUGAAGUGACAGGUAGAAUUGGUUCUAGGAGGUUAGAUUUCAAACUCAUGCUAUUUGAAUCACUAGUCUUCUCUUCUUCUAUAGAACUAUCCACGGAAGGCCUUUAUCAAAACUCUGCCCCAGACAUCUCACAAGACAUAUUUGCUUCAAUCAAAAAGGAUCAUAUAGAAUCAAAGGAAGCUAUACGCGAAUCAGAAAAGUUCCUAACUCUCAACCCAUCUUUUCAUUAUAUUCAGACAAAGAAUACUUUGCAGGGGACUCACUAA